AUGAAGAUCACGGCCUUGCUGGUCCUCAAGUGCAACCCGGACGAAUCCGACCCGAUCAUUCUGGCCAACGCCUCCGAUACCAGUCACUUCGGCUACUUCCAGAGGUCCAGCGUCAAGGAGUUCAUCGUCUUCGUCGGUCGCACCGUUGCCAAACGGACCCCAUCCGGACAACGUCAGUCCGUCAAGCAUGAAGAGUAUAAGGUGCAUGCUUACAACAGCAAUGGUCUUUGUGCGCUGGGCUUUAUGGAUGACCACUAUCCUGUCCGAAGUGCAUUUUCUUUGCUCAACCAGGUGCUAGAUGAAUAUCAGAAAAAAUUUGGUGAUUCUUGGAGGACUGCACAACAGGACAGCACACAAACAUGGCCCUAUUUGGGUGAGGCCCUGACCAAGUUCCAGGACCCUGCAGAGGCUGAUAAGUUGUUGAAAAUUCAGAGGGAAUUAGAUGAAACAAAAAUUAUCCUUCAUAAGACCAUUGAUAGUGUGCUUGCACGAGGUGAGAGACUUGACAGUUUAGUUGAGAAGAGUUCAGAUCUUAGUGCAGCAUCGCAGGUGUGA